GCUCAGUUUACUACAAGCGCCGACGGCGAACGUACGUCGCUCCGCGUACCUUAGUGCCCGAGUGUAUGGUGCUGGUGUAUUAACAUAACAGCUAAUUGUUCUGUGUCGUGUGAUUGUUGUGUGGUGUUCUGAUACUGCCGUGCGACCUCCCCGGGUCACAUUUGUUGUGAUGCAUUUGAGGAUAUACCUAUGGCUGUCUUGUGUAGCCCUCGCAGGAUACGUUCGAGCGACAGAGGUACCUGUCGCAGAAGCCGACACUCUCCACGAUCACGAGCCACUCGCGUCCGACCGGGACCUUUUCAUCGACGAUGACGGCUCGGGGCUAGAGAUCGACGAGUCCUCCGGUUCCGGCUGGGGCCCCGGACCCGGGCCCGACGACGAGGACGGCCGCGGCUCAGGUGACAGCCGGCUCACGCUGACGGAUGACGAAGACUACCUCCCGAAAACCAUCCCCACCACCACCACCACAGAAACGCCGAUAGUACCGGAAACUGUAGCGCCAGAUUAUGUAGAUCCUCGCGUGCUCGACGAGAAGCAAGGGCCCGGCGCGGACACCCCGCGCGGCGCGGGGGAGGAGCAGCCCUCGCGCCCCGACCAGGACCCCAUCAGCAUCUCCAGCGAGGACACCAACCCGGGCACGGACCAGGACCCCUCGGGCACUAACGUGGGCGCCGAGUCGCGGCCGCAGGACAACGUGGUGUUCAUCAUGAACGCCAAGGCGGAAGACCGCGCCACCAGCUUCUUCGCGCAGCCGGGCAUUCUUGCCGCUGUGAUCGGCGGCGCUGUAGUCGGCCUCCUCUGCGCGAUCCUCGUGGUGAUGUUCAUAGUGUAUCGCAUGCGCAAGAAGGACGAGGGCUCGUACGCGCUCGACGAGCCCAAGCGGAGCCCGGCCGCCGCCUCCUACGGCAAGGGACAGAACAACCGUGAGUUCUACGCGUGAGACCACACAGAACAAACCCUGCCACGUGUUUACUAGUCGACGGACCGACCCAUACUGGCUCCCACUCUACAAUUAAUUGAUGCCGCAUCAAAAUGGUGAUGGUGAACGAUGGAAUCGCGCACUUAUCUCACUACUCUUCUAACUUCCAACCGAGAAGUAUGCUGGGAAGUAACAAUGUAUUCAUAAUACACGUGGAAGCCUUUUUAACAUCACUAGAAACAGAUUUCCGCGUGUAUUGGCUUGGGAUUUUGGAUUUUACAACUUGUAAGUUGUAAAUUGAUAUGUAACUGGACACGUAUAGAAAACUUGGGAAAUGUCCACCCGAGAGAAAUGGUAUAAGUGAGCGAUUGCAUCGUACUCUUAUAAAACUACCUAAAAGGAAUGGUAAAUUCAUAAUGUGAGUAUAAAUUAAUUGUGGAUAGUGGGUGUAAUAGCCACUUGGCCGGUCAUUCCAUUUUCAAAUUUUGAAUUCCUUCUGUUUGUAGCUCUUUUGUUAACGUGGCUAAAAUUGUUCUGUAAACCAAUGAAACAUCAAAUCGACGCUUUUUAUUUGAAAAAUUAUGACACGAUUGUACUUGAACGUAUGAAUCAAGUAGAAACAUAGUGUAGGACGAAAUUGUGAAACGAUCACUGAGGCAAAAUUUCAAUUGUUUUCUGACUUCAAGUACUGAGACCAAUGUGGUUGAGUGUUUGAUAUCAUUCUGUAGUUGGUGAAUUUGAGAUCUUGUACCUCUAGAGUUGUCUGUAAAAUAAUGUGCCAUUCGCUUCCUCUUCAACUGUAUAUUGCCUAACUACGCGUAGAUCUACUCUACAUACUAUAAAAAUCUCAAAAAUAUCUAUGGAUACGUCCAUUGUUCGUCUAUGAUGUAUGUGUAAUAUAAUUGUGUAGGAAAAUAGAUCAUAUCGGUUAUUAUGUGUACGUUUAAAUGAAUUCUUAUUACAUAUCGCUUCCAUGAAAUAUACCAUCGAAAUUUUUGAAAAAUAUUUAUUUAAUAUUGGCUGUAAUUAAAAAAUUGAGGCUUUCAAAAUAUUGAUGUUAUGUACUUUUUGGUGUUCCUUUUGUAUUUAGGUUACUGUAAUAUUUUGGGUAAAUAUUCUUUUAUUUUUUGCACUUUUAGCAAUUGGGGUUUCGAAUAAUAUUAAUUAAUGUUAUAUUUUAGCAUAAGCAAUUAAAUUAAAUGUAUACAGUGAGUAAAUGAUUUUUAAAGAACUACAAGAUUAUUUCAACAACUUGAAUAUGUAUCAAUGUCCCAUAUUCAAAUUUUAUAUUUAACUUAUUAAUUUUGCCAGUACAUUUUUAUUUUAUUUUAGACGUUAAUUUUGCUGACUGUAUACAUUUCGAGAUGAAUACAUUUUGUCACUUAGGCUAUGAACUGAGGUUUUUCAAUUAUACAAUAUAAUUUCAUUAUUUAGUCUUUAUUUGUUUUUUCUAUUAUCUACUUUGACAUUGCCGAAUAUACCAUCCAACUUGGUCUGAUGCAUUUAGUUUCAACCAAAAGCGUGAGACCUGUCAGUGACGGAAAGAGUUUUUAACAGUUAAUUUGAUAUUAUGGUUGUGCAACGAAAUAUAUAUUUUAAUUCUACUAAUUUGUGAUUUGUCUUCAGUUAUUAAACACUUGUGCCAUCUUCAAUAAUUUAUUUAAAAUAGUAACGCGUUGGCUCCAAAUGAAUUUUAAUUUAUCAAAUAAUUAAUGAGUCAAUUAAUUUAUUUAGCGUAAAUUAAAGCAUGUGUUUUAUGACUGUUAUGCAAAAAAACUAACAUAAUGUUUUGUAAGGAUUCAAUAGAUGGUCAACUAUUGUGUUUAGUAAAUUAAAUACUUGGUAUUUUAUUUAAAUUGAUGUAACUAACUUUAACAUAAUGAAUUUAUAAAUAUUCGGGAAAUUAUAAGCACGUAUUGGACAUUUCAUUAGGAUCGUAGUGGUUGAUAACCAUAUAUUUUCUUGUUGUAAACUGCAUAAUUAAAUACAUACAUAAACUUACCAGUGGAAAAUUUCGUACUUUUUAUUUGUAAGUAUGAAAUAAGGGAGAAACACAAAUGCAAUUACAAAGAACAGUUUUUAUAAAGACUUGAGCUUAUGUCCAGGAAAAAACAGUACCUAUUUAUGUCUAUAUACACAUAAUAUGUGACGUUUUCAACCAAAAGGUACCACAUUGUCGCUUGUCGAUAAGGUUGAUUUCAAAUUGAAGCUAUAUUGAAAUAGCGCCUUAUUGACAACCGACAAUAAGUACUCUUUUAUAUGAAAAUGGCACAUAUAUGUAUAAACAGCUAAUGUGCAUAUGUUAUUAUUUUUCAACAGUUUACUCCAAGAAGAGCAAUUAUUUGAGAAAUCCCAAACAUUCCUAUCGGAUCCAUAUUAUACUAUAAGCAGUAGCGAGCCAGUGCUCUCUUAGGCCACUUAUUUGAAUGCUAAUAUAGAUACUUAAACUAUAUGUAUCCAGUUUUUUAAAUGUGCUAAAGGUGCAUCCACAACGUAGUUAACUUUAGUCGUGCAACGCGCAUUAGGUGACUUACCUAGUUCCUUUACUAAUACAAAAGUUAACUGAGGUGUGGAUGCACUUUAACACGCCAUUGGCAUUGUCUAAUGCUACAAGAAAUGAGAUAUGCCACAAAUUAGCAAAUAUUACUAACUAGAUACUACGAAUUAAAACAUGUUUAGAAAAAACCAAGUAAUAAUUUUACUGAAACUUGAACAUCUAAAUUAGUAUUCACCUAAGAGACAAUUAGUGUAUAAGGAUUUGUACAUUGUAAUUGUAAAUUCUUUUAGACUUAAACUGAGUAAUUUAUACAUAAAUAAUUAUACUACAAUAAUUAUAGUAUGGCUAAAACUGAAAUAUUUAAAUAUAUCUAACAGUCCUUAACUAUAAUAAUUAUUGAAAAUUGAAGUAACCACAUUAAGAGACAUGAUACAAUUCUAAAAAUUUAACUUAAAUGAUUAAAUUGUGUAGACAAAAUUGAUGUCUCUUACAUUAUAAUUGAAAACUGAAUGGAAAUGACUUUAUCAAUAUUUCCUAAGAAUGAAAUUUUGAUAAAAUCGUAAGGUUACACGAAGUAUUUUUACAGAAAAGUUAUGCCACAAAUACAUAAUCAUGAAAAUGCAUAUUUGUGCCGUUUUCAAUCAAUAGGUACCACAUUGUCGCUUGCCAAAAGGACGCUCUGACAGGUUAUUCGUAUCGUGGUACCUUUUGAUUGAAAACGUCACAUUUAAACACCAUAAUUAUGACAGCAAAGUCACAACCUAGGAUAGUUUGUUUGAAAUAAUACCACAACGCUUGCCGAUCAUAUGUACAGCCCUUUCCAAAAAUUACUUUACUUAAUAAAUAGAGGACGAACAUAAUAAGUACAUAAAUUUGAAAACCCCGCUUAUUAAGUAAAGUAGGUAAUAAAAUAAAUAUACAGGGUGGCUAAAGAAUAUGUGCAUUCCCGUUGCCAGGGAGGUUUUGGGAUUAUACUGAGCAACUUUUACUAUGGGAUCAACCACGAAAUCGCGAAAAAAAAAAUUGACCGCCCCAUAGAAAAUGGACCCGCCAAAAUGUAUGAUACAGCGAAAUUUUUUUUCGUGUUGAUCCCAUAGUAAAAGUUGCUCAGUAUAAUUUCAAAACCUCCCUGGCAACGGGAAUGCACUUAUUUUUUAGCCACCGUGUAUAUGAAUCAGUCGUAUUAAAUAAUUAAAUUGGAUGCAAGAAUUGCCAUCUUACUGUUGAUUUAUGCAUAGAGUUAUUAUUACUAUAGAGAGGCCAAACAAACAAUGAAAUCGCCACAAAAUUCAUGGCGCUUACGCGUUAGGUCGCGAGAUUCACGCUCCGCUUCUAUGAUUUGAUGUCAAAACAACAACAACUUAUGGCGCAAAAUACUGGUUCUCUGUGCCGUAGUAAUAAUAGUUCAAUGGAUGAAUGUUACAAUUUUGAAAUACUGGUUCUAAUAGUACAGAAUGAUGGAAGUUUGAUUCGUGAACAGUAGAAGUGUCAUUGCGAUUGACUUUGAGAAUAAUAUUUGUUGUUCUCUUACGUGAUUUGUUGAAUGUGGACAGGAAAAGAUGUAGGUACCUAAUGGACAAUACAGGGUGAAAUUUUAAUCACCAUUUUUGCCACUUUGGCAUUGGUCCCAUAAUAAAAGUUGUUCAGUAUGACCUAUAAAGUCACUACGCAGUAUGGCUGGUGAUUAAAAUGUCACCCUGUAUACUAUGUAGUCCAACAAUACGACAUUACGUAUGUCAUACUUGAGACAUUAAUAAUACAAAAGUCAAAUUUUAGACACGCCACCUGUAAGUUAGACUAAUAUUAGGAGGCCUAAUAUCAUCUAAUAUAGGUAAUGAAAAAGCUUUAACAUGGCUUUGAUAUUUGUAUUAUUAAGUAUUGAUUCUAAUCUAACAUUGCACCAACUUUGCAGCGACAAAGUGUGAAAGCGUCAUAUUUUGUGGCACUCCACACUCUGUAGCUUGCAAAGUCGGCGCAGUUAGCUUGAACGGACAAAAGAAAAACGUUACCUACAUCUUUACUAAUCUCAAUACCAAUAGCGACUGAAGUCAUACUGCUAUCUCUUUUAUGCUUGUUCAGACCCAGCGUUAUUGAAAGGGAUGGCAUUAAAACUUUAGUCGCCACUUGGUACUGCGACUAUAUUGCUGUUAUUCUACUGUUCAUAUUGUGGAACACAAACAAUACUAUCCGCAAAUCAAACUGGCGUGGCGACCGGGGGCGUACGACUUCUCAUGCACGCUUACGUGGUCGUGGGAGGAGUGAGAGAGAUAGUGAUAUGACUGCGGUCGUCGGUUUGGUUCUCAUUCACGCUUACGUGGUCAUGGGAGGAGUGAGAGAGAUAGUGAUAUGACUGCGGUCGUCGGUUUGGUUUGCGUUUAGUAUAAACUAACGCCUAGGAUAUGGUUUAGGCAUAACUUAUUAUUGUCCACCUUGUAAAUAAUGCUCCUUACACUUAAUAUACAGGUUAUUAUGAACAA